CCGGACGACCCGGAACAUCACCACACGGGGCUUCACUCUCUCUUCAUUUAGCCGUGUUUUCUAACUUUCCACUUCCCAUAGUCACUCUUGAGAAUUUGGUACUCAGAACCUGUGCCUGGAAAUCCUCAAGUUACCGUCAGUUCCCUCGAAAGGCCAAUUGCAACGGCUUUAUUACCGCUAGGUUUGAUCCCUCACACGCACUCCAUCGCUCUCAAACCUGGGUCGACUCUCUUCCACUUUCUCUCCCUCUCUCCCACCUUCUUGCACUCCAAACACUCGCUUACUGUGCUGUACUGAUAUAGAACGGAGUGAUCCCAUAAACAGUCAUUGGGUUCUCGCUACGUAGCCUAUCUCCGGCUCAGCCUGACCUAUUUACAACUAACUCCGUCCGACCGCAAUGGCAUCGUCCCCGUUGUUCCAGGCUUUACGCUUAGCCUACAAUGAGGACGUUCCAGAUGGAUACUGGGGCGAGAAGACGUCCACGCUGAACUUUUGCGAAGAGGACUAUGCAGUUUCGUACUACUGCGCAGAAGUUUGUAAUACGUUUACGAAUCUCCUGUUUCUCUGGCUCGGCUUCAAAGGCGUGCACAAUUGCGCCUCUGAGAAACACCCGCGCAUAUUCCUCAUCGCCUAUCUGGGCUAUGUUGUUGUCGGUCUUGGCUCCACGGCCUUCCAUACCUCAUUAAAAUACCCUAUGCAGCUGAUAGAUGAACUAUCCAUGAUUUACACGACCUGCCUGAUGGUCUUUGCCACGUUUUCGUUUUCAAAAUCACCGCAGUUCGCUGGUUUUUUGGGCAGUGGCCUUGCUCUUCUGGCUGGGUUCAUUACGUAUUAUUACCACCUUACCAAGGAUCCCGUGUUCCAUCAAGUCUGUUAUGCGGCGCUUACAGCAACGGUUGUCCUGCGUAGUUUGUACGUGAUGGAGACCCAGCUACGCCCGGUCCUAACCAAGAGAAACCAUGCCAAGGCUCAUGGAAUCCUUGAGACCAUGUGGAUCAUGGUUGGUACGGGCCUCGGCGUAUUUCUCAUGGGCUUUCUCAUUUGGAACCUGGACAACGCUUUCUGCAGCCAGAUUCGAAGCUGGCGGCGACAGCUCGGGCUACCCUGGGGUGCCGUGCUUGAGGGUCACGCCUGGUGGCACCUGAUGACAGGAAUCGGAGCAUACUACUACAUUACCUGGGGGAUCUGGCUCCGUAGAUGUCUUGAGGGCCGCGAGGACGAGUACAAGCUUGUUUGGCCCAGGUUGCUAUCGUCGAUACCACUCGUCGUCAGGGGCAAGAAGGCUGAAUGAAAGCUUGGCGUGGUGAAGGCGGAGCACUAUACUGACGACCAAGGCUGUCGUACAAGGGGUGUACUGGCGAGUUCUUCAAGGACACACGGGUUCAAUGACAGUGUAUGUAUUGUACGGUUGUGUCUCUGGAUGCAAUCAUGGUUGGAUACGGUGACCUGGUCUUCACCUGGAAAUAUGACAUUCACGCAAGACUGUGGGCAAGAGGAUACCCAAGUCCUUGUAUCUUACUCUCCUUGAGAUACCCUUUCAAUUAAAUCGGGUUUGACGGGCAUACUGACCCAUCGACUUACUUAUACAGGGUAUAUAUUUCCUGAUUAUUGUUUCCUUACGCUGAGCAGUGGAUUGUACUGACUGUAUUCUACUGUGUUGGACCCCGCACAUAGGUAAACAGGUAGGUAAUUAGGCAAGCUAUCUAUCUAGUUAGAGGGUCGAGUAGGCCCCACAUUAGCAUACAUGCAAAAAAACACUAUAUAAACA